AUGGCAUCAACAAUGCAGUUGUCAAACUCUGCCAAUGAGGAGGAGUGGAACAAGUUCUAUCAGGUCAGUGGCAUCGAGCAUCAGGAAGAAGAGGAUGAGAUGCUGUAUCACUUGUUGAAGAACCGAGUCGUCGGCACAACGACAACAUGCAUGAUUCAGAUGUCCAAACAAUCAUCUGAUUGA